GAGGAUCAUUGAUAGUACUGUUGAGUCCAUCGCCAAGUCAUACAGAAAGGAAUGGGAUGAUUUGUUCCAGAACAGUAACUACCUGGCGCGGAUCAGGCAGACUGGUAUUAACGGCCGAUUACGGAGCAGCCGAUUCCGCAGCGUAUGCUGGAAGCUUUAUCUGGACGUCCUGCCAGAAGAUAAGACUCAAUGGAUCAGUCGAACCAAGGAACACAGAGCACAGUAUGAGAAGAUCAAAGAGACGCAUAUUACAAACCCUCGCAAAGCUGCCGGCCAACAGGACCUGGUGGUGAACAACCCACUGUCACAGGAUGAAGGGAGUCUAUGGAAUAAGUUCUUUCAGGAUAAGGAGCUCAGGAGCAUGAUCAAACAAGAUGUUUUACGAACGUAAGUGUGUGAACUGCCUGUAAUUCAGUCUUCAGUGUCACAUAAUCCUUCAGAAAG